AGGGUGUAACUAUUAGAAAUCAAAACUGAUUUGAGUAAACUAAUGAGAGAACUGAGAAUAACUAACACAGAACAGCGCCGUCACUCCUCCUCCGCAUUCGUCCAUCUUCUCCGGCGUACCACCGUCUACUGACCUCACCGGAGAGUCGUCACAGUCUAUCUCAUCAGCUCAGCCCUCAGAUAAGUAGGAGGAAGAAGAAAAAUGCCACCUUAUGAUUGUAUGCUUUUGUUCAAGCCAAAUGUGAAAAAAGAAGCCCUAAUUGGUUUAGUUGCAAGGAUUGGGAAACACGUGUGCAGAAGAAAUGGGGUUGUCACCGAGUUUAAGAGUUUCGGAACGGUUCAAUUGGGAUAUGGUGUGAAAAAGCUUGAUGGCAGAUUUUAUCAGGGCCAACUGAUGCAAGUGAGCAUGAUGGCUACGCCUGAUAUCAACAAAGAGCUGCAUUACCUAAACAAGGAAGACAAACUACUGCGUUGGCUACUGGUUAAGCAGCGCAACACAAAGUUUGGGCUUGAGUUCAUGGGGGACGAAGGUAGAUUCGAGCUAAACAGAUUCUCUGCAAUAAAUAAACCUGAUGACGAAGAUGAUGAUACGGAUGGGAAUGAUGAUGAAGAUGAAGUGAAUGAAGAAGAAACCAAAGUGAACUAAAAUAUGGUUGUGUUUUGUUUGUUUCCAUUAGAAGAGAAUGGAACCAUUGCGGAUCGUACGUGCCAAACAUGUGCUUAUUGAUAGUUCUAUAUAACAAUCAGUCAUGAUCAGCAGUGACAUUGAAAAUGUUGUUUAGACAAUAGUUUCUUUGUAGCUUAGUGAAAUAAUUGAUUUACAAAUGAGUCUUCGAACAAUUGAGCACUUGAGGUCGUCCAAAAUCCUCGCAAGGGCGAUAUUUCAAAAGAAACAGUUGUUGUAAACAGUUGAGACAAGUGCUACUAACUAAGGAAUUUAUUGCCUUCUAA